CACGACAGCAACGAAAUAUAUAAAGAAAUAUAUAAAGAAAUAUAUGAAAAUGGAAUCGAUCGGUUAGAAAAUGAAAAUGAAAAUAAAGAUCGCACGGUUGGUCUUUCGAAAAAAAACAAUAAAAAAUGUAUUUCCGUGUAUAAUGGUUUGGUAUACACAUUGGUUUGGAUUUAUAUGUGACCGAUUAACUCGAAAUACUUAAUACUUGAAAUGAGUAGUCAAAUUAAAUCUCGGGCCAAGAGCGCCGAAUAGUUGGAGCGUGAGAUUCGAUAUCAGAUUCCGAAUACUAUCGGCUCGUUGGAGAGGAUGAACCUCCAAAGCAUGGAUUUCCGUGAAAUGUCAGGAAGACGAGGAUUAGAAGGCCGUAGAAACUUGGAGAAUUGAGUAAUAAUAAAUUCUGAAGCAGAAAUAGCUCGAUCCAAGUUCAUCAGAUCUGGGUUAUUCUAUCUACCCUUGUGUCUCACUUUUCAUUGAGCAAAUGAACAAUGAUAUUUUAAGAUAAAUGUAGGUUAAAUAAAAAAGUAAAAUUUCAUUAAUGAAUUUCAACAUCUUCGAAAUUAUUAUAUUUAACAAAGAAUUUCAGGGAUUUAUUGUCUCUAAAGAAUGUACAAAUUAUUUGCAUGGAUAUAGAAACAUCAAAUAUCACGAGAUAAUUUCAACAUUUGCGAGUCAAGAAUUUUAGAUUGAUUUUCACGAAGAACAUCAGUACAUAGAGGAAGGAACGUGCACCGUUUGAUUUAAACAGUAACGUUUCGUGCUUGGCGUGACCAGAAACCAUCAAAGAAAGUUCUCCAAAAAAGAAAAGAAAAAAGGAGGAACUAAACGAAGAAAUUGAGUACUUUUGCUAAGAAACUUCCAGUGUAAAAAGUUAAAGAAUUUAAAUACGAGCUGAAUAGGUAGUUCGGAAGAAAAGCAAAUAGUAAUCAUAGUCUUUUCAUUUUUCUCUUGUACCCAAUAAGACGAGAAAAUUAAACUUCAGGACAUACAAUCAACAGUGAAAAAUCAUCCAAUAAAUAAGAAAAGAUCAUCAAAAACGUAAAAAUAUUGAAAUUUUAACACUGGUAUUGGUCUUUUUUUUUUCAAUUAAACUUUUUGGACGAGAAUACAAAGAUUCUUGACAAUUUUUAGCACAGUGAAAGUGAUUGGGACAAAGUUUUCAACGAAGAAACAUCCAAGAUGUUCAUGGUCACGGCAUGCCUAGUCAGACAGUACGAUAUUUCAGAUCGUAAUCGACUGGUCGAUAGCUUGGUCAGAGUCAAGGUGGUAUCCAUGUAUAGAACACCGGUUCAUACGGAACCGCAUCAUUGUAGAUACGUCGAGGUGAUUACGUGAGUAAGCGAGACACACAUGAUCCAAAUACCACCGUACAUAGGUACGAGAAAGGUAGAAUGAUGGUUUCUGUGGCCGGAUGUUGGUUCUACCAUUGCUACUUGUCCAUCCAAAUACCACAUGGCCGAUGUCGCCGAAAGUGCAGCCUUUACCGAUCCAGCUACGGCAAUCUCUCAUGGAAAACGACAUUUGUUAGUGCGAGAUUAUACCAUGGCUGUAACCGCAUUGGCACAAGCUUGUCAAUUGCUUGCUGAAAAACAUGGAGAUACUGCGGAUGAACUUGGUGAACCUUAUUUAUUAUACGGUCGGGCUCUUCUUGGUCUAGCAAGAGAAGAAGCUGGGGUAUUGGGUGGCGGAGUACCAGGUACAGAAGAAACUGAAGAGGAUGAUGAAGAAGACGAGGAAGAAGCUGAAGAUGAAAAAUUAAGCAACAUAGAUGAAAAAGAGGACGAGGAGAGUGAAGAUCAUACAGAUAAUGGUACGGUGAGCGAUGAAAAAGAGAAAACUGCUAUUGAGGACAAAGCUGAAGAUUCGAAAGCUGACCAAGAAUCUAAAAAACCAGAAAUUGAACAAAAAGAAGAGAAAAUAGAAUCAAAUAAUGAAAAACAAGAAGUUGAAAAAUCAGAACUUGAUAAGACAGAAGAUAGUAAAAUAACGAAACAAGUGAUAGAAAAGCCAGAAAAGGAAGAUGAGGAGAAACCUGCAGCUGGUUCUAGUAAGGAUAUAAGUCACGCUAAUGGACCAUCUUGUUCAUCUGAUCAUAAUGGAGAUGUAAAGAAAAAUGGAGAAAAUGAUAGUGAGGAUAUAGGAAAUGAAGAUGAAGAGGAUGAAGUCAACAACCUACAGGUCGCUUGGGAAGUAUUAGAGCUUGCGAAAUUGGUGCUGUUAAAACGUGGUCAAACAGGUUGGAAAUUAUUAGCCGAUGCUUAUCGACUCUUAGGAGAAGUGGCUAUGGAGGGAGGAAACUUUCAAGGUGCUCUGAAUGAUCUGCAUCGGUGUUUGGAGCUUUUACAACAGAUUGAGCCUCAGGAACCAAGAGCAAUAGCUGAAAUACAUUAUCAGCUUGCAUUGGCUCAUUCUUUGGGCAACGAAUUCGACGCUAGCAUCGAAGAGUUUAAUAAAGCUACAGAAUUAUUAGAAACGCGUAUAAAAGAAUUGGAAGAAAUAAAAGAACCUCCUAAAACGGAUGAUUCUUUCUAUACUGUAGAAGGAGAGAUUCAAGAAUUAAAAGAAUUGCUACCAGAAAUCCAAGAGAAGAUUUCAGAUAUGAAGGACUUCAAGCAAGAAGCCUGCAAACUUGUCAUAGAGGGUAUCAAAAGCAAAGUAGCUGGUGGUUGUUCAAACGGUGCUGGACCAAGUGGUAAUAAUGAUUCUGCACCUAAAAUUCAAAAACCUGCUAGUGACAUAUCUCAUUUGGUGCGUAAGAAACGGAAAGCCGACGAACCAGAGACAGAAGUUGCGUCGCCAUGUAAAAAACCGACACCAGAAAAAGCUGUUUGAAUGAAUUUAGUGUAUCUGAAAUAUUCAUGGUACCUUGUUACUUGGUUUGACAUGGUGAAAAUUUAAAGAAAUCUGUAUUAAAGAUAGAACUUUCAGUGUUGGGCCAAAAUAAGAUAAAAAAUCAGUGAUUCCAGCAGAAAGAUUCUAUAUAUCAGGGAAAAUAUUAAUAGAAUUUUAAUAGAAACAGACAGAAUAUUUUAAUUUUAUCUCUUUUAUUCAAUGAUUACAGUCAAAAAUUAUUGAAUACAUAUUUUAUUUUUUUCUUUUUUUUUUUUGUUAUUUCUGUAAUUCGUGUAUUUAUUCUUUAUCUAAUAAGAAAUUAGCAAUAAACAAAUUGCUGAUUACUGUCCAAAUUAUAUUCAUUUUUAAACUCUUCUUUUCUAAGACAUAUUAAGGCAUUAAGAAAUAAGGCUGUUUAUGUAUAAGUCCGACUAAUAAACGUUAAAUGGUGAUUUUUCUAAACGUGUUAUAGAUAUAAAUGUCACAUUUUAAAUAAAAUCUAUGCUAUAUUUUUCAAAUUAUAUCAUAAAAAUAUUGUAUAACAA